AUGGUUACAUGUGAUGAAAACAUCGACAACAUGAAGUCUGUCAACGUGGGAGAUUUGGUUCUCUUAAGGCAACACCCCACAGGGAGAAACAAAAUAGCUGAUAAGUUUGGUCCAGAGCCCUAUACUGUGACCUCAGUUCCACCUGAUAGUGGUGGUUAUUUCACCAUUCAGUCACUUGAUGAAAGGAUAACUCGCAGAGUGUCAGGUAUUCAGAUCCGAAAGUAUAUUCCAACUGAAGCGGUUCCGGUACCUGCCCUUCCUGACGUAACAUUGCCGGAUGUUAAACAUGAAGAUGACAUCCAUAAAGAAGGUUAUUAUCAAAUAGAGAUCCCUGCAGUGCCCAUACCCCCUCCCCGUCGGAGACGUCAGGUUCCCACAGCAAUUUUUGACGUUUCUUAUGUCAAAGUUGAUGUUCCUUACGUCAAAGUUGAUGUUCCUUACGUCAAAGUUGAUGUUCCUUACGUCAAAGUUGAUGUUCCUUACAUUAAAGUUGAUGUUCCUUACAUUAAAGUUGAUGUUCCUUACAUUAAAGUUGAUGUUCCUUACAUUAAAGUUGAUGUUCCUUACAUCAAAGUUGAUGUUCCUUACGUCAAAGUUGAUGUUCCUUACGUCAAAGUUGAUGUUCCUUACGUCAAAGUUGAUGUUCCUUACAUUAAAGUUGAUGUUCCUUACAUCAAAGUUGAUGUUCCUUACGUCAAAGUUGAUGUUCCUUACAUUAAAGUUGAUGUUCCUUACAUCAAAGUUGAUGUUCCUUACGUCAAAGUUGAUGUUCCUUACAUUAAAGUUGAUGUUCCUUACAUCAAAGUUGAUGUUCCUUACGUCAAAGUUGAUGUUCCUUACGUCAAAGUUGAUGACUUACCAUUGUAG